GCGGAAACUUUUGCCUCUUCAUCUCUCUUCUUCUUCUCUUCUUCAUUUUUCUUUUCUUUCCAAGCCCAGAUUUCCUCGUCCGUCUCUACACAGCACAUACCGCCCACCAUGUCCUGGCAAGCUUUCGUCGACACUAGCCUGGUCGCUACCGGCCACAUCACCAAGGGCGCCAUUAUCAGCAUCGCUGGCGACAGCGCCUGGGCCUCUUCCCCUGACCUGACCAUUUCCCCCGCCGAGAUGAAGGUUAUUGCCAGCAUCGUCGCCAAGGACCAAGCUGCCACCGACAAGGCUUUUGCCGAGGGUCUUUACGUUGGCGGCCAGCGCUACGUCCUGGCCCGAGCUGACGACAACAUCUACGCACGAGCUGGUCGUGACGGUGUUGCCAUCACCCCCUCCAAGGCCGCCAUCGUUAUCGGCAUCCACGGCGAGACCCAGGUUGCCGGAAACGCCACCUCAGUCGUUGUUGCCCUCGCCGAGCACCUCAAGGGUACCGGAUACUAAGUUGGACCAGCGAUGGGAUGAGCGCGCGAUUAGGGUUGCGUGGAAAUGAAAAUGUGUCAAGCACUCGUGCCGGAAGACAGCGUUGGAUGAUAUAGGAGAAAGGGAGGAGUUUCCAUGGG